AUGGCGUACGGUAACACUACUACUACCCCUGUUGUUGUUGUUGUUGUUUGCAUUAUGGUGGGCGUUGUUACGCUUACGCCACAUAGUGCAGAAGCACAAAUGUCGUGUAACAGCGUGUUUAGCAGCCUGUACCCGUGCCUCAACUUCGUAAUGAGAGGCGACGUUAUGUCACCAAGCUGCUGCAGUGGGGUGAAGUCCUUGUACGGUGCGGCUAAAUCCACAGCGGAUCGCCGGAGCGUGUGCUCCUGCCUCAAGGGCGUUGCUUCCAACGCUAAUCCGGCUCAAGUAGGGCGUGCCGCUUCUCUCCCUUCCAAGUGUGGACUUAGCGUACCAUACAAGAUCAACCCUCAACUUGACUGCUCCAAGGUCAAUUAA